AAUGACGCGAAGUACACUUCCUCCUGCUCCCGCGAAAAUUUCACCGUUGAUGCAAAUGCCGAACCUUAAUGUUUUUAAUGUUUAAAACCAAUCAGAAUCACUAAAGAUGUCUGAUUCAAGGAGAAGGUCCCGGGCUAAUCAAGAGGAGUCAGGAGGGUCAACCAAUGGAGUGGGUGGACAGAACCGGCCUGAGAGAUCGGGUGAUAUGGGUGAUGAAGAUGAUAUUGGUGGUGGACCGUCUGGUAUUAGUCAGGAAGACGAUGAUCCAACACGCAGAAGAGAGAUCAGGAGCAAAUACAGGGACCUGAUCAAUGAAGUUCAGCAAAAUCGCGAAGACAUGUUAAAUCCGGCUAACAAUAAACUCACUGAUGUUUUGGAAGAGGCCAACAAGCUUUUUGCCAAUGUGAGACAAGCUCGUGAAGCAGCUCUAGACGCUCAACUCUUGGUACUAGCCACUGAUCUAGGGAAGGAGAAGGCCAGCCAGCUACAUGCUGAAGGCUCUUCAUUUGACCCAUCUGCAUUUGCAGAACAUUUGCUGUCCUUCAUGGAUCUGAAUCGUUUGGAGGAUGAAAGUGGUAUGGAUGGAAAUUUGGAGGGUUAUUUACCAGAGGGAGCCUGGCUUAAGCUUGCAAAGAGAGCUGAGAACUGCUUCAGAACAGCCCCAGCUUUCCACUACAUGUUGGGCUCAUUUUUGGCAGAGCCUCCUCCUCCACGGCAGAGAGUUGAAAGGCAAAGGAGAGUGCCCAGCAGAGAGGAGAAACGGAUUAUGCCCACCCAGCUGAAGAAAAUGGAAGAAUCUCACCAGGAGGCAACGGAGAAAGAGGUGGAAAGGAUUCUCGGAUGUCUGCAAAGAUACUUCGCUGAUGACUCCAGAAAAGCUGAUAAGGCAAUAAACUUAAAACCCUCUCUCUCUGGAACAGCAGAGGAACCUAUUUCAUAUUAUGAGUUCGUCAUCGACCCCAACUCCUUCUCCCGGACGGUGGAGAACAUCUUCCACAUGUCUUUUCUCAUUAGAGAUGGUCUGGCGAGGAUGUACUUGGAGAAUGGGCUGCCUUAUAUAGCUCCAGUAGAGGAAGGUGAGAUGCAGCCUAGUGGAGCUGCCGUUCGACAUCAGUGUGUCAUCUCUAUCAGCCAGGAAAGCUGGAGGGAAAUCAUUGAUGCCUUUGAUAUAAAGCAAGCUCUCAUACCACCUCCAUAAGCUUUGUCACAGGAGAACAAAGAUGCCAAUGACAUCUGUUUGUAUAAUAAAAAGUUGUGAUAUUUUUUAUAUUUUUAAUGUUUUGGAUAGGAAUUUUAAGAGCUAAACUAUUUGGAUUUUGUAACAACUGUAAAAUUUGUGUUUAAUACAACAAAUGUAACGUGAAAUUAAAUUUUAUUGUGUUGAAUGCAAUAAAUUUAAAGUAAAACUGAAGAACUAUA